CGCUCGCGGACGCAGCUGGGUUACCCAUAAAGGGCGUAGCUCUUCGUCCAUACAAGAUUGGAGGACAGCUUUCCGGGCAUGCGCAUAUGGUUUUUCCGGGGCUCUCCCCCCCCGCCUUCGCAAAGCUGCCUGGGAGUUGUAGUUCAAAUUACUGCUGGAAUUCGGCAGUCGAUCGUCAACUCCGAGGUCCGAGGCUGCCCACUGCCUUCGGCACUUGGCUCAGAAGAUGGAUCCCGGACCCGGGUCCGAUGCAGUCCCGUUGGCUAGCCUGAUGUGGUCGUCGGCCUCGGCGCCCCCGCCCAGGGGAUUCAGUGCGAUCUCUUGCACGGUGGAGGGGACUCCAGCCAGCUUCGGCAAGAGCUUCGCGCAGAAAUCUGGCUACUUCUUGUGCUUCAAUCUAUUGAGCAGCCUAGAGAACCCACAGGAGAACGUGGUGACCGAUAUCCAGGUCCUGUUGGACAAGAGCCCCCUCCCUCCUGGCUUCUCCCCGGUCUGCGACCCCCUGGACUCCAAGGCCUCUGUGUCCAAGAAGAAACGCAUGUGUAUGAAGCUGGUACCCCUGGGGGCCGCAGAUGUGGCUGUGUUUGAAAUCCGGCUUAGUGGGAAAACCAAGACAGUGCCUGGAUACCUUCGAGUAGGGGACAUAGGAGGCUUUGCCAUCUGGUGCAAGAAGGCCAAGGCUCCGAAGCCGGUACCCAAACCCCGAGCUCUUACCAGGGAUAUGCGGGGCCUGUCCCUGGACCCACCCGACCAGCCUAGCAAGGGCAGCUUCCCAGAGCGGACUCUGUCAAGGCUGAGCUCUAGGGCUUCCACCCUGCGGAGGAGCGACUCUAUCUACGAUGCCUCCAACCUUUAUGGCAUCUCAGCCAUGGAUGGAGUUCCCUUCACACUGCAUCCCCGAUUCGAGGGCAAGAACUGCAACCCCCUGACCUUCUCUGCCUUUGCGGAUCUGACCAUCAAGUCACUGGCGGACAUUGAGGAAGAGUACAACUAUGGCUUCGUGGUGGAGAAGACUGCGGCUGCACGCCUGCCCCCCAGCGUCUCGUAGCCCCUCAGCCUUGGGCCCUAGGGAAGAGUGCCUGCCCAGCACCGCAAGCCUGGCAGCUGCCCUACUCCAUCCCAUUUGGGGAGCUUUGGCAGCACUGGGCAUUCCGGACCGAGGCCACCCACCACGGUAGUCCUGGAGGACGGGGCAAGGCCACGCUGCUCUGCCGUAGGAACCCCAGGCUUCAUGGCUGGGUGGGGGGCUGGCCAGCAACCAGUGCCUUCAAAUUAUUCUUGUCAAAACUCCAGUGCCAGGAGGUUGCAGGCGUCCUCCUGGUAAUAAACACUACCUGUCCCCACUGUUUGGUGUCCAGAGCCUGGCCACUGAGUCCUCACUUGAGCCCUGAGCACCGAGCGUCGAGCACCGAGCAGUGGUGAAGCAGGCCGCUGCAACUCCCGUUCUACCAAGGGAGAGACAGGCCUAGCAGACAGCAGGCAGCCCAGCCCGCUAUCGUGGCACCCUAGGGUAUUAGUAGUCUUCUCUUUCAUGUUUUGGGUUCCAUUCCCUAAUACACAGCAUGUGGCAUCUCAUUUAGUCACUCCAGUGGGAAACCCUAGUUAGCUUGUUUUUUUUUUUUCAAAUGGGGAAACAGCAGGUGGCAGCUCAAGUCACAGCAGGGCUUUGAACGCAGCUUGGUUAUCAAGCUGGUGUCACUUCCCUUCAUUGUGCCAUGAUUGCAUGCGGGGACACUUGCUCCUCUCUGUGAGUAAGUUCUAUAAAGGCUCCUUGAAUUAGCAAAUACUGGAUUCUUGGGGAAGAUUCAGUAAAGCUUAUGCAAACCUGACCACAUUCUUGUCAAGUGAUCAGUGCAUAAGCUAUUUCCGUGUGUGUUUCUGUUUUGGGCCCUCCCUGGUGUCACAGCACUAUGAAGCUGUCCACCACCUCUGCAAAGCUGAGUUUGAUCCACACCCAGGGAGGUGACCCACAUGGUGCAG